UUGAAAACCAUCCUGCAUCUUCCACUACCUUAAUUGCCUCUAGUUCUCUCACUUUAACUAUUUUCAUAAACCAAAGAUUAAAAGGGUCACUCCUUUCUUUUUUACAUAGUUACAUAACAUGUCUUCCUCAGAGGGUGCCUUUGAAUUGGGAAGUGAGUUCUCAGAAGCCAACAAUGUUCUUCUCAUGUCUCUAAUGGAAGAAACACAAGAAGAAGAGUACUAUGGCGAUGAGAGACUUGUGAGCAUGAUUCAGUCAUUGGAGGCAGAGAUCACUGACACUGAAAUAGGUCAAAUGUAUGAGAUGGGACACGUGGAUGGUCAAGACUGCUCCACGUCAGUCAGUGACCCUAAUCAUUGGGUUGACAUGGAAUUGAUCUCUUCCUUGCCCUUUGAUGAGAUGAAUGCAUGGAUCCCUUCUGGAUAUGAAAUGAUGGAGCAUGCAGCAAUGGAAUAUGAAGCUGGAACUGGCAUUGAUGAUCUUCAAUUGUGUUAUGGAGCUUUCUUGGAUCAACAAUAUAGAGAGAAUCAUUAUUUGGCACUAGGGCCAAGUGAUGCAGUAUUCUGAAACUAAUUUAUACACGUAGUAUUAUAUAAGGAACCAGAAGAGAAUAUCCACCAAAAAUACAGGAAACAGAAGAGAACAUGGACUACUUUGUAAUUAAUUUGUGAAGGAGUCCUUAAUUAAGUACAUGUUAAUGUCAAACCUUUUAAUUUAUCUUCUGUUUACUUUUUCUCCCUUUA